ACACACCGUCACAGAGGGUACAGUUCAUCCUCGGCACUGAAGAUGACGAUGAGGAGCACAUUCCCCAUGACCUCUUCACAGAGAUGGAUGAGCUCUGCUACAGAGACGGAGAAGAGUAUGAGUGGAAGGAGACCGCCAGGUGGCUGAAAUUUGAAGAGGAUGUUGAAGAUGGUGGUGACCGAUGGAGUAAGCCCUAUGUGGCAACUCUGUCUUUGCACAGUCUCUUUGAACUGAGGAGUUGUAUCCUAAAUGGAACAGUCAUGCUGGAUAUGAGAGCAAGCACUCUCGAUGAAAUAGCAGAUAUGGUGUUAGACAACAUGAUAGCCUCUGGCCAGUUAGAUGACUCCAUAAGGGAGAAUGUGAGAGAAGCUCUCCUGAAAAGACAUCACCAUCAAAAUGAGAAAAGAUUCACGAGUCGGAUUCCCCUGGUUCGAUCAUUUGCAGAUAUAGGCAAGAAACAUUCUGACCCUCACUUGCUUGAAAGGAAUGGGGAAGGCCUGUCUGCCUCCCGCCAUUCUUUGCGAACAGGUCUGUCUGCCUCAAACCUUUCCUUGAGAGGAGAAUCGCCUUUAUCUCUUCUUCUCAGUCAUCUUCUUCCUUCUUCAAGAGCUGGAACCCCUGCAGGCUCGAGGUGUACCACCCCAGUAUCUACCCCCCAGAGCAGUCCUCCUUCCAGCCCUGGCCUAAGUCGCCUGGCCUCCAGAAGUUCCCAACAGAGUCAGCCUCAGGCCCCAGAACUACUGGUGUCACCUGACAGGGAUGAUAUUCCCAGAGUAGUAAUUCAUCCGCCUGAGGAAGACAUAGAAGCACUCAAAGGCCAAGAGCAGAAGAAUGAGGAAAAUACUGACUUCACUCCAGGCAACUGUCCAGAGUCCUCCAUGUGUGGCGCUUUCUGCCUCUGGGUCACUUGCGCUGAGAAUGCCUGUCAGCACAUAGCUUGA